AUGAUUGGCGGUAGUAGGACCAGCGAUUAUUUGUCGAGCGAAGUCGUCCAAGUUCCCGAAUCUGUGUCCCAUCACAUGAUGUCGCAUUUUUGUAUGGACAUUCAAGAUCAGGCGCCACCACGACCAUCUAGCCUCAGUUUAAGAUUUGAUGCAGCUGCAGAUGAUUACGCUGAUAUCAAGUCUCACCAGGUUCCUCGUAAUUAUCACUCCGUGAAAAGAACUGAUAACCAAGACCGCGAUAAGGUCAUUGGACAGCUUGGAAAUAAUGGUUCGACUCCGAUUACUCCUACGAGUUUCCUGAAUCCAAAAGAAAUCACUGCUGAGCAGGAACAAUUUGCCGAGCAACUGACGCAAACCAUCGACAAAAUAAAGAAUGAAAGAGAAGGCCCUCUCGCCGAGGAAAUCCGUCUCCAGCACCGCCCUUCGUCCAACACCUCGCCUGGUUUUGCUCCUGCGGAACGUACAGCCACAUCACCCACUCAUACACCUCCCUCAACAUCCUCUAUCCGGAUCAAAUUAUGUGAGGACGAUGUUGACAGUGUCGUUGCCUCCUCCGCUGUGAGUGAGAGUUCAGCAAUGCUUUCAAACGUCGCCACAAUCCACAAUCCCUUCUCCGUGGCACCAACUUCCAGUCUCUGCUCGAGUGCCGCCGUCGCAGCCGUUCUUCACAAUCUUAGAGCGCAUGAAGGUGUCGGCUCUCCUCCCUCCACGACCGGUGACUCCACGUCCCCCGCAUCACCCUCCCUUGACAACUCGGUCAAUGGAAAUCGGUACACGCCUAGCCGAUAUCCCAGUCUUUCUCUUCCCCCCUUGAGGACUGACAUUGGUGAUGGUGGUGGCGGCGGCGGUGGUGGGGGAAACGGCUACACAUCUGUAGGUUUAACUGACAUGCUGGUUAGUUCGGAGGACGCAGUCACUCCAACUUCGGUCGGUGCCAUGCCCACAUUGGCUGAUCUGUCUGCCGCUGUGACAGGCCAGGUGAUUGUCAAUCCCACUACCGACGGAUUCCUCCAACUCUUUCAUAACUCGACUGAUCAGAACCCCUUAGUAGAUCCCAAUGGUUCACGCGGAAACGGACCCCUCAGCCACCGUCAUCUAACUAACCUCGUGUCCUCUUACGAAAGCCACCUCCUCGCUCAUCCUCGGCAGCCGCAGGAAUACGCGGCCACCAAUCUGCAGAACUAUGGCGGCCAGGAACAGCAGGAUGCUCUGCUACUUUCCCGAAAGCGCACUGUCUCGAAUACUUCUGCAAUGACUUCUGCCUCAUCAAUGAAGCGCGGUCGCCGGCGCCAUGAGCCAACGAUUGCCGCUGCUCAAGCCCUCAUAAACGCAACUACAAAUAGCGUGGGCCAGCUGUCGUAUGCACCAACCGAUGUGGCUACGAUGGUUGGUCUCAAAAUUGAGGACAGACCUGCGCACCAACCUCUUCAGUCGACAGUGAGUGGUGGUGGGGGAGGAGGAGGAGGAGAUGCAACUGGGCGAAGGGUUUCGGUGGCACCAACCCAGGUUGCCCCCACCCCGAUGGCAAUGGGGUACGAGUCGCAGUCGGCCAUGGAUCGGAAUGACGCUUCGCUAACAGCUCUUGAUGAGGAAUUGUGCUCGGAUCCGUCAUUGCUAAAGAUAGAAAAGAAACGAGCCCGCAACCGUUUGGCAGCCCGAAGAUGCCGUGAAAGAAAGGUGACCCGAAUUGCCACGCUGGAAGGUGAAGUGGAGCUCCUCAAAUCCUACAUUGAACGGCUCCGUUCCGAGCUGGACUCUUCACAGAAGGAGGCAACUCAGUUGAGGGUGUACCUGGAGCAGUUGGCGGACUCUUACCCCGGUUUGGGGGAGAAGUUAAAGGCACUGCCGCAACCACCUCAGACGUCUUCUUCGUCCCUUCAUCCACCUCUGCCGCUCCCUGAAUAA